AUGGCAGAGAGUGCGUACUUCCUCUUCCAGGCCACAGGCAACCACACGUACCUGGAGAUCGGGAGGGAUAUUGCUGCAGCCCUCAACACAGUCACACGCACAGGUUGUGGGUUUGCAAGUGUUGGCGACGUGCAGACACAUCGCCUUGACGACCACAUGGAGUCAUUUCUGCUCUCUGAAACACUUAAGUGCCUCUACCUCCUCUUCUCCCCUCACAUUGACAUCGCCGCCCGGUUCGUGUUCUUCACAGAAGGUCAUCAUCCCCUCUCACCCGAAGCGGGUGUUCAUUCAUCUCAAACAACACUUGAUGUUACUCCUUGUUGUCUCCCUCCCACCAGGUACCUCUACCUCCUCUUCUCCCCUCACAUCGACAUCUCCGCCCGGUUCAUUUUCUCCACAGAAGGUCAUCUCCUGUCGCUGAACCUUCCCAGAAUCUUCCGUGUCGUCUGCCCGUCCGAAGACCACCCUGACAUGUCGCCAGCUGGCGACUGCCGAGUGGUUGCUGCCACUGCUGACAUGGAUGCUGACGUGGACACUGAUGUGGAUGCUGACAUGUCGCAAUCCCCCUUGCAGGCUCCAAACGAGGCACAGAAACCCCCGGAUGAAUCACAAAGACAACAGUCACAACCCCCCUUGCUCGAGAAGCAACAGCCCUCGUUUGAGUCACGCAAACCCUCGUCUGAAUCACGCAAGCCCUCGUUUGAGGCACGCGUGUGUGAGGACUCUCUUUCCGCCCUGGGCUCUCUAGUAGAUCCGGACUUGGCUUUAAGGCGACAGCUGGUUUGUGAGGCAGUGGUGGGGACGUUUGGGAGGGAUGAGCAUGGAGGAAAGGGGUGGUAUGGUGCAUGGGAGGACGAGGAUGAGGCGAGUGGGGAGGGGGAAGGAGGCGAGGAGGAAGCACGAGAGAAGGGAGAGGGGGAAGAAAGGAGGGAUGAGGUUGGGGAAAGGACGGAGGGAGAGGGUGGGGUUGGGAGAUUGAGAGAUGGAGCAGGGAGAGCAGGCGAAAAGGGAGAUGCCAAGAGUCCCAGCAGAACCCACCUGUGUGGUGCGUUUGCUUGUAUGGUUGUGUCCCCCCAUGCUUCCCCUUUGCUCCCUGCCCGCAUCCCUCUCCCCCCAUCCCUCACCAAUUCCCCUGGAGCACAAGAGCACGUGCAAGCCGCGCCGCGCUCCCCUGUGUGGUGCGCUUGGCUGGAUUCCCCCAACCCAGCACAAGUGUCCCCGUUCCUCUUUGCUUUUUCCCCCCCUUCCGCUUACAUUUCCCCCUAUUUCUCUCUGUUUCUCUCAGAGCACAAGGUCCCAGCAGCGCCCCCCUGUGUGGUGCGCCUGGUUAACUCCCCCCCACCCGAGAAUGACAGUUCCUCCGGACAUCAAACGAACGUGACUGUGCGAGAGGGUGAGGAAGAGAGAGGGGAAGAAGAGAGAGGGGUGAGAAAGAAUGGAGAGAGUGCGGAGGUGGGUGAGGGGGAGAGGGUAGCUGAUGGGGGAGGUGAGGGGAGCGGUGGCGGAAGAGGGGAAGGGGGGUGGGAAACGGAAAAGGGGAGGAGGGGAGGAGGAGAGGGGAGGGGGGGAAGAGGGAGGGGGCAGGAGCUUGUGGAUACUGUGAGUGUAAACCUGCCUGCAGGGGCUGCUGAGUUUGGCCCUUUCCUUGGGAAUGGUGAUGAUGGGGGUGAUGGUGGUGAUGGUGAUGGUGGGAGUUAUGGUGGUGGUAGUGGUGGUGGUGGUGAUGGUGAUGCUGGUGAUGACGAUGGUUAUGAAGCAUCCCCUAUACAAGCAUGUGUGGACCGCUUGUCGAAUCCUGGCGAGGUGAAAGGGCGGGUGGUGGUGGUGAUGCGUGGGGGAUGUUCCUUCCAACAGAAGGUGGUAGCAGCACAGAGAGCAGGCGCUGCUGCUGUGAUUGUUGUCAACCAUGUUAUGGGGGGAAGGGCGCUCAAUAUGGCACCUGAUGUUCCGGGUUCUGAUACUGUCACACAUGAAGGUGGGGUGUCAGAGGGUGGUGAAGGGACAAAUUCUGAUACAGUCACACCUGAUUCUGGAGUGUCGCAGGGUGGUGAAGGGACGGAUUCAGAAACAGUCACAACCGAUGGGCUGAUGGCAGCGGGUGAUGGAGUGUCAUCAGGAAAAGGCAACCCUUCAUCAGCAGCCGCAUCCGAAGAAGGAUCGGAAGCAGCAGGAGGAUCAGAGGUCCGGUGGUGCGUGGUGGAAGGUAGUUCCUCCUCUCUCUGCAAGAACCUCCUCUUACAGUCACACCCCGGCGGCGACGACAACACCUGUGACUCGGACCAAUCCCACCCACCGUGCUGGAAAUGCGUUCCGCGCGCCCUCGACCAGCACUGCUGGCGAGCGCUGCUGCUUCCGCACGCCGCUCCUGGCGCUGCUGACGUGGCGCUGCUGUCUCCGCCGUUGGAUCUUCUAAAAUCGGAUCUCGCAGAUGGCUUGCAGCAGACGCAGCAGCAGCAGAAGGAACAGCGAGAGCCGAGAUACCAGCAGCAACAGCGGGAAAAGCGGCGGGAUCAGGAGGGAGAGGAGGUACAGGUAGCUAGUGGCAAUGCAGGUGGGCAGCAGGGGCAGACGCAGUGGCAAAAGCCGUGGCAACAAAGAGUAGAGGGUCCAGUGGAUCAGGAACAGGCGCAGCGGAAAUCGAAGCAUGGGCAGCAGGAACAGCAGCAGCAGAGGCAGCAAGAACAGCAGCAACAGCAGCAGAACCAGAAGCAGAAGCAGAAGCAGACUCAGAGUAAGGCUCGACGGAGGAAAGCAAGGGGUGCCAAUAUACUAGCAGCAACGGCUGCUGGUGCUGGCGCUGCUGCUGCUGCUGCCAGAUAUGGCAACAUAACGAGCGGGUCAGUAGGGGUGAUUGUGACAGGCAGCAUGUGCGACAGAAUGCCAUACCUGCUGGCUCAGGUGGGGCUUGGAACGGAGGCGGAGGAGGUCUGGAAGCAGCAGGCUCGGCAGCAGGGGAAAGACUUGGUCGGGAACAUGCGUAUGUGCUCUGGAGAAGGGGUUAUCUCGUGCUUAAAUCUGCUGCAUGAGACGGAGCAGGCGACCAAAGAGGAGGGAGUGGAUAGCAGUAGCAGCGGUGGCAGCAGCGGUGGCAGCAGCAGCAGCAGCGGUGGCAGCAGCAGCAGCAGCAGCAGCAGCAGCAGCAGCAGCAGCGACAGCGGCAGCAGCAGAAGGGGGAAGCGGCCAGUGGUGGCACUCCUGUGGCUGGCAGGCAGCCACGUGGCGGAGCGUGAUUGGCAGGAGCUUCUGGCGGAGGUGAAUGAGAGCGGGUCGCUGCGGCUGCUGUGUGCUGAUGGCUCAUGCUCCGAUAUCCGCCUGGACUCGCUCUGCUGGUAUGCUACCCUCUGCCGUGACUGCAUGUGA